GUGCUCACGCGCCUUUUGCAUGCCACUCUCUUCUCUCCCAUUGGUUCACAGUUCCACCAGCCUUCAAGUUCCAAGUCAUAGACCCUCAUCCCUCACUGCACAGUCCUCAACGUCUCUGAAAGAUUGUUGCAUGUUCUUCCCUUACCCAACAAAGCUGAAAGGCCCUUUUUCGUAUCUCCCCACUAUGGGAACUGUUUGUCUGAUAUGUGGAGACAGAGGCAUCUCCAAGGCUUUGGUAUAUUGUCACAAGUGUCAAAUUUAUGCUGUACAUUGCUAUUGCAUGCAUAAGGUAACCUUUGAGGAAGAUGUUGUUUGGUUUUGUGUGGAUUGCUUAACUGAAGUUUCGGAACCACACAUUCUUCAACAUUCUCUCCCAGCCAAGGGAUGUGAUGCUGAAAAUUCAGAAAUUGUACAAGUCACCUUACCUAGAUCAAAGCUGAAGAAGCAGACUCCUUCCAGUAUGUCAAAGAGGAGGAAAAUUUCCUAUCAACAGAUCUCUGUGGCACCAUCAACAAUUCUACCUGAACAAGCUAUGCUGGGUAUCCUUCAACAGUCUGAUGGGUCAGAAAUGCGGGAAAAUGCCAUAGAAGCCACUAUGGUUGAAAAACAAUCUAUGCAUGCUACCCACUGCUUGCAGCACCAGAUAUUGCCAGAGGAACUGGUGCAUGCUGAUGAGGAUUGUCAAACAUCAGAUCUCCAAGAGCCAUCAGGUCAUCUCCAGCCUCGAGAAAUUAUGUGUCAGGGUAGUCAAGGAGAUGGCAGAACUGAUAGCAUUUUUCAUUUUCAAAAUCAAAGCACUGAGACAUUCAUGAAUAUCAUGUCUGCUGCUGGGGAUAAACUUGUGAACCCAUAUGAAAAUGAUUCUGCAGAGAAGCAGGUGCAUGCCAGCAAGGAUUAUCGAGCAGUUGGACUUGAAUGUGCCCCUUCCUCAGCCUUAGCUACCCCACUAUUUCUCCAAGAGCCAACAGAUGUCCUGCAACCUCAAGACUCUAUGGUUAAUGGAAGUCAGGAAUGCAGGAGAACUGAUAGGUUGCAUCAGUUUGGGAAUCAAAGCACUGGAAAAGGUAUGAAUGGCACAACUGCUACGGGGGAUGAAAUUGUGAACCCAAAUGAAACAGAUUCUGCAGAUAAUUCUGUCUGUUAUGUGGGGCCAUAUAUCGUGAAUAUGGAUGUAGCACCAAUUGUUCAAUCCAUAAUGGAUACGCAUCCUGACAUUGCCCAAGAUUGCCCACUAUCUGUUCAGGUGAGAUCACUUUUGUUACAGGGACUUGGUAUGGAACUUAAGAAACUCAUGUCCUUCACUUCUGAAAAUCUUCUGAGUGAGCACCUGAAGUCACUGGAUUACGCUAUAGGGGAUGCCGAGUGUGCACAACUGAAUGUGAAUUGGCUCCGAGAUUGGCAUGAUCAACUUACAAGGACUGUGGAUCUGCUUGAACUUCUCAGGAAAAUUAAAAGAGCUUUGGCCAAGGGGAAUGAACCAUCCAUGUCAACAAAAACAACUUCCAAUAUGGACAGAGCUGCCUUGAUGAAUAUAAAAAAUGACAUUCAGUUAUUGAAGAGAGAAGCUGCCUUAUUAGAAGUUGAGAUAGAAGAUCAAGAAGGGAGCACAAGGGAUUUUGCGUUGAAAUGCCUAUCCAAAAUAAAACGGUUUUGUGGCAAGACAUUGGCAAAUGGCAUUUUGUAAGGCAUUCUUCUAUUUAUGUUUCCAGUUGUAGAAAUCAUAGGAUAUCAGGUAAAAUAUAGGAAAAAUACACUUUUGUCAAAGUUUUCUGUUCAUCUACUGCUCACUUGAUUUCAAGCUUAAUAUAUUAAAAGCUACGUU